AUGCGGUACAGGACUGGUGGGAAACGGUCAGCUGGCUCCGAGGCAAGAUCAAUCCCGCCGGGCUCACCCUACGAUGCCCAAGGCGAAGUGAUAAUGGAGGCGUAUAUGGAUCUCUUGCAGCCUCUCAAACAGCUGGCCAACGAUGGCCUUGCUAAGUUCUACGCCAACCUCGCCUACUCAUGGCUUGUUUACUGGGAUUUGGAGGAGAAGAUGGCCCUGAAAGAACGCGCCGAAGGUUAUGUCAUGGGCGACCGUUACGAAAGCCUCAGAGCAGACGAUACAGAGGAGCCGGAGCUCGGAAAUUGGGACAAUAUGUUCUACCGUGGCUUCUUCGCCUAA